AUGACUCGUUCUAUGGAAUUGAAAGGUCGCCUUACUCGUAUUAAGAGAAGUGAUUCUCAGACUAUGGAUGGUUAUUUGCAUGAGAUUAAGGUUAUUAUAGAUUCUUUAGCUGUUAUUCAGUGUCCUGUCUCUAAUGAAGACUUGGUUCAACACACUUUGUUUGGUUUGGAUUAUGAUUCUGACUAUGAUCAUAUUGUUACUACUGUACUGCAUUACCCGUUUCCUCUUAGUUUCAAUGACUUGCGCCCUAAGCUUCUGCUUCAUGAACAAUGUAUAAAAUGUUCGAAAGAUGGUUUAGAUUCAUCUUCUCAUCAUGCUUUAGUUGUUGUCCAGUCUCCUAGUUCUGGUUCCUCUAAUAAGAAUAAUUCAGGCGACCGUAAUAUGGAGCGAAAUAAUAUGAAUCGAGGGGGUAAUAAUGGUCGAAAUCAAAAUACUCUCGGUAAUAACAACAACAAUGCUAAUCGGGGACGCCCAAAUAGUAUGAGUAAUUAUUCUAACUUGUCAUCCUAUAGUAUGCCUUGCCUAGACAAUAAUACUAAUGAUUUAUCUUCAACGGGGAGUAAUUCGUCAAGUAGCAGUUGA